ACUGCAGCUCCUACAACAGCUUUAGCAUCUACGACAACCACUGCAGCCUUAACUACAACAACUGCUGCUCCUACGACCACUGUAACUCCACAACCUACUACAACAACUACAACUUCAGCUCCUACGACAACCACAACAACAGCACCUACUACAACACCUGUAGUUCCUACAACCACUCCACCUGCUGUACUUACUACAACAAUCACAACUACAGCUCCUGAUACAACAACAUUAACUUCUACGUCAACCACAGCAGCUCCCUCUGCGACAACCACUGCAGCUCUAACUACAACAACUGCUGCUCCAACGACCACUACAACUCCAGAACCUAUUACGACAACCACUGCAGCUCCUGCUACAACAACUACAACUUCAGCUCCUGCUACAACAACUACAACUUCAGCUCCUACGACAACCACAACAACAGCACCUCCAACAACUGUAGCUCCCACGAUAACUGCAGCUCCUACAACAGCUUUAGCAUCUAUGACAACCACUGCAGCCCUAACAACAACAACUGCUGCUCCUAUGACCACUACAGCUCCAGAACCUAUUACGACAACCACUGCAGCUCCUGCUACAACAACUACAACUUCAGCUCCUACGACAACCACAACAACAGCACCUCCAACAACUCCCACAACAACUGCAGCUCCUACAACAGCUUUAGCAUCUACGACAACCACUGCAGCCCUAACUACAACAACUGCAGCUCCUGCUACAACAACUACAACUUCAGCUCCUACGACAACCACAACAACAGCACCUCCAACAACUCCCACAACAACUGCAGCUCCUACAACAGCUUUAGCAUCUACGACAACCACUGCAGCCUUAACUACAACAACUGCUGCUCCUACGACCACUGUAACUCCACAACCUACUACAACAACUACAACUUCAGCUCCUACGACAACCACAACAACAGCACCUACUACAACACCUCACAACAACUACAACUUCAGCUCCUACGACAACCACUGCAAACAACAACUGCACUCCUCCAACAACUGUAGAUCUCCAACCACAACAACAGCACCUGCUCCCACGAGCUCCUACAACAGCUUUAGCAUCUACGACAACCACUGCAGCCCCAACUACAACAACUGCUGCUCCUACGACCACUGCAACUCCACAACCUACUACAACAACUACAACUUCAGCUCCUACGACAACCACAACAACAGCACCUACUACAACACCUGUAGUUCCUACAACCACUCCACCUGCUCAGCUGCCUCUGCGACAAACACUGCAGCUCUAACUACAACAACUGCUGCUCCAACGACCACUACAACUCCAGAACCUAUUACGACAACCACUGCAGCUCCUGCUACAACAACUACAACUUCAGCUCCUACGACAACCACAACAACAGCACCUCCAACAACUGUAGCUCCCACGAUAACUGCAGCUCCUACAACAGCUUUAGCAUCUACGACAACCACUGCAGCCCUAACAACAACAACUGCUGCUCCUAUGACCACUACAGCUCCAGAACCUAUUACGACAACCACUGCAGCUCCUGCUACAACAACUACAACUUCAGCUCCUACGACAACCACAACAACAGCACCUCCAACAACUCCCACAACAACUGCAGCUCCUACAACAGCUUUAGCAUCUACGACAACCACUGCAGCCCUAACUACAACAACUGCAGCUUCUGCAACAACAACUACAACUUCAGCUCCUACGACAACCACAACAACAGCACCUCCAACAACUACUACAACAACUACAACUUCAGCUCCUACGACAACCACAACAACAGCACCUACUACAACACCUGUAGUUCCUACAACCACUCCACCUGCUGUACUUACUACAACAAUCACAACUACAGCUCCUGAUACAACAACUUUAACUUCUACGUCAACCACAGCAGCUGCCUCUACCACUGCAGCUCCUGCUACAACAACUACAACUUCAGCUCCUACGACAACCACAACAACAGCACCUCCAACAACUCCCACAACAACUGCAGCUCCUACAACAGCUUUAGCAUCUACGACAACCACUGCAGCCCUAACUACAACAACUGCAGCUCCUGCUACAACAACUACAACUUCAGAUCCUACGACAACCACAACAACAGCACCUACAUCAACUGUAGCUCCCACGACAACUGCAGCUCCUACAACAGCUUUAGCAUCUACGACAACCACUGCAGCCCCAACUACAACAACUGCUGCUCCUACGACCACUGCAACUCCACAACCUACUACAACAACUACAACUUCAGCUCCUACGACAACCACAACAACAGCACCUACUACAACACCUGUAGUUCCUACAACCACUCCACCUGCUGUACUUACUACAACAAUCACAACUACAGCUCCUGAUACAACAACUUUAACUUCUACGUCAACCACAGCAGCUGCCUCUGCGACAACCACUGCAGCUCUAACUACAACAACUGCUGCUCCAACGACCACUACAACUCCAGAACCUAUUACGACAACCACUGCAGCUCCUGCUACAACAACUACAACUUCAGCUCCUACGACAACCACAACAACAGCACCUCCAACAACUGUAGCUCCCACGAUAACUGCAGCUCCUACAACAGCUUUAGCAUCUACGACAACCACUGCAGCCCUAACAACAACAACUGCUGCUCCUAUGACCACUACAGCUCCAGAACCUAUUACGACAACCACUGCAGCUCCUGCUACAACAACU